AUGAUUGAGGGAAUGGUGAAGGAUGGUGUUAUUGAACCUUCAUCUAGUCCAUGGUGUUCACCUGUGGUGCUGGUAAAGAAGAAGGACAGCUAUCCCUUGCCAAGAAUUGAUGAUACGCUGGACAUGCUUACAGGCGUAAAGUGGUUUAGUACGCUGAACCUGAAAAGUGGCUACUGGCAGGUUGAAAUUGACCCUAAGGACAAGGAGAAAAAUGCAUUCUCCACAGGAAAGGGUCUGUGGCAAUUUAAAGUCAUGCCGUUUGGAUUGUGCAAUGUUCCAGCAACGUUUGAAAGGUUGAUGGAGCUUGUACUUACCGGGUUUGGAGAUGCCUGUCUAGUCUACUUGGAUGACAUCAUCAUCGUAGGCCGUACGUUUGAGGAACACCUUCAAAACCUGGAACGCGUGCUCAUGAAGAUGCAGAGUGCCAACCUCAAGUUGAGUCCGAAGAAGUGCUCACUAUUCAAACGGCAAGUUAGCUUUUUGGGGUAUGUAGUGUCGGAAGAAGGUAUCCGCACGGAUCCAGAGAAAAUUGCUGCUGUCAAGGAUUGGCUGGUUCCAAAAGACAAGACACAGGUUAGAGCAUUUUUGGGUUUGUGCUCUUAUUAUCGGCGAUUUGUGAAGAACUUUGCAGAUAAGGCCAAACCUCUGCACAGGCUAACCGAGGAGAAGCGACAUUUCUGCUGGGAUAAACGUUGCAAUGUUGCAUUCCAGGAGCUCAAGAACCGUCUGUGCAAAAUACCUAUUUUGGGGUACCCUGAUGCGGGCAAGGAAUUUAUAGUUGACACAGACGCAAGUGAUAUAGGACUUGGCGGUGUGUUGUCUCAACGGAAUGGUGAUCAAGAGAUUGUGAUAGCGUACUUCAGCAAGUCGUUGUCAAAGCCGGAAAGGAACUAUUGUGUCACAAGACGGGAAUUGCUUGCUGUGGUAAAGUCCUUGCAGCAUUUUAGCAAAUAUCUGCUGGGGCGGAAAUUCCACUUACGAACUGACCAUGCUGCACAGAAAUGGCUAUUGCAGUUCAAAAAUCCGGAAGGAUAA